AUGUUUCACGCCUCAUCUAUCGAACCAACACUAACCAUUCUUCCUUCGCUCAGGCUCCCCGCCGCAGCGUGGUAUCAUUACCUACGCCAUGGCUCAGAACCGUCAGCGUGCCCUCGCCGGUGCCGCACACGCCGCCGUCUUCAACACCUACCGCAGAACCAAGGGUCAAAUCUCUACUGGGCCGUCCCUAUGCUCAUCGGAUACGAGCUCAUGAACUGGGCCACCGAGAAGUAA